AAACACGUUAUCUGCAUGGAAAGCGACUGGAUUUACUGGGAAGGAAUGAUAAGUAUGUGUCCCUGGUCAACUUCAGCAUCCCUCAGCUAUGUCAGUUCACAGUGUGCAUUGACCUAAAGCGAACUGCCAACAUCAGCUCCUGGGCAGCGUUUUCCUAUGAUGCUAACAACACCUCCACUGACAUAAAUGACUUAGAUCUUGGACUCUCUGGAGAAGACAAGCACUUGAGACUGUAUCUUUUUGGCACCAGACGAGACAUCAAGGUCAAUCUGGCCCUUUUUGUGUGGUAUAGCGUGUGCUGCUUGUGGGACACCAGGAAACAGCUGCUGGAGGUCUACUGCAAUGGUAACCUCGUGCACAGUGAAAGCAUCCGCAGCACAGAGUGCCUGAAGCCCAACGGCAGCUUAGUGCUGGGCCACCUGCACAAGAGAAGGCAUGGCUUCAUCGUGAGGGUCAGCCACAGCUUCAUUGGCAGCUUGUACUACUUCCAAAUGUGGGACCGUGUGCUGGCUCAGGAGGAGCUGCUGGACUGUGCCAUGGGCAGUACAGUCAGCUGGAGGGAAGAGUACUGGAAUUUCAGCAAUGUCCUGCCCGUCGCGGGCCAUUGUCCACGCUGUGGGUCGAGUGAGGCAUCACUAACAAAGGCUCCUACACUGUCCCCAUUACCUCCAACCAGUAGCACCAAUGGUACCAUUCCAGUGAGCUUCUUUAACGUUCACAUGAACUUUUCCCUUUUCUACAAAACCGAGAGAGCUCCUGAUUACUAUGAUGCAAAAAAGCUUCUUGAACACUGGUUUAGUAUCAUAUUUACUGGAGAAGAAUUCAUUGUGACAAACUUUAAAAUCAGUGAAAUUAGUAUUGAACUUGAGCAAGCUUUUUGGAAGAAACCAAACAUGACUAAAUGUAAAUUACUGGAAAAACUUCCAAAUAAUAUUUUAGGCCUCCAAGACAUCAAUAUAACAGAAGAGAAUGCACAAGAUGUUGUACAGCACAUUCUAUACCUCUUGCCAGAUGCAACACUGCAUGUGGAAGAACUAGAAAUCAUUGCAAGUAAAAUUUCUGAUAUCGUGCGGCUCGCGGAUGUGAGCGUGACACUUGCAGAGACUGUAAUGUCUAUACUAGACUACAUUUUGCUGCAGGAAAUAGAGGAUCAGAACAUUAGAAAAAUAACCAACAGUAUCCUGCAGACAACUGAGGAGAUAGGCUAUAAGGUGACUUACACAGACAGAAACACGUCUGUCAUAACCACUUCCUUGGCUCUGCUGGUGUUGCGUCCAGAUCCCAACGUGUUUGGAGGAUUGGCCUUUGGUAUUACCUCCUACGACAGAGGUGUGGAUCUCAAGAUGAAUGUACAAGAAAAUCCUUUCAAAAAUGCUUUGGCUUCAGUGUUUUUGCCAAAAUCCCUGAAGAACUUCUUAGGGAUUGAGCACUCUGACCCAGACAAGCAUUUGAAGAUCCAGUUUAAGUUUUUUGGCACCACUUCACUCUUUGUGGAUGACAGUUUGAGGACGGAGAGGCUGAACACUUAUGUUGUGAGUGCCAGCAUUGAAAAUGCAUCAGUUCAGAACCUUGAUGAGCCUGUGACUGUUACUCUUCAGCACAUCGACCAGAACUCGGGGAAUGCAGCAGUGCACUGUGUCUUUUGGGACUUUGGGAAGAACAAUGGACUGGGUGGUUGGAAUACGUUGGGGUGUGAAAUGGAAUAUACAGAUAUGAAUUACACAAUCUGUUUUUGUAACCAUCUUACCCAUUUUGGAGUCCUACUGGACUUGGCCCGGACAGAAAUAGAUGUCACACAUGAUCAUGUAUUAACUCUGAUAAGCUAUGCAGGAUGUGGUGCUUCUUCCCUUUUUUUGGGAAUAACACUGGUGACAUAUCUAACCCUUGAGAAGCUGCGGAGAGACAGCCCUUCCAAAAUCCUGCUCAACCUUUGUGCUGCACUGCUGAUGCUGAACAUGGUCUUCCUCACCAAUUCCUGGCUGUCCUCUUUCAACCAGCCAGGCCUCUGCAUCACCAUGGCCAUGCUCCUUCACUAUUUCCUUCUUGCAGCUUUCACAUGGAUGUUCUUGGAGUCUGUUCACUUUUACUUGGCCCUUGUCAAAGUUUUCAAUGUUUAUGUCCCAAAGUACAUCCUAAAGUGCUCCAUUGCUGGCUGGGGAAUACCAGCUAUUGUAAUUACCCUUGUGCUCAUUAUAAAUAAAGACUUCUACGGCAAUGGAUCAUACUCUGUGAACAGUCCUUACAGCAGUUUUUGCUGGAUUCAGGACAACACAGUGUUCUACAUCUCCGUUGUGGCCUAUUUCAUCUUAAUAUUUUUGACAAAUACAGCCAUGUGCAUCACUGUUCUCCUUCAAAUCCACUCAGUGAAAUCAAGGGCACAAAAGAGAUCCAGAUCGUGGAAACAGAGUGUUCUCCAAGACCUCAAAAGUGCUUUCAGCUUGAUGUUCCUUUUGGGCUUAACUUGGGGUUUUGCCUUUUUUGCCUGGGGAGCAGUGAGGAUAUUUUUCUUGUAUCUCUUCAGCAUUUUUAACACCUUGCAAGGGUUCUUUAUCUUUGUGUUUCACUGCCUAAUGAAGGAUGAUGUAGUGAAGCAGUGUCGAGUACAUUUCUGCUGGGGGAGAUUUCGUCUGAGUAAUUAUUCUGCUGAAGUCCAUUACAACCCCAGUGCUGUAUCUCCAGAAGAUGAUGAGACCAAACAUCCUUGUUCCCGAAGAAUCCUACCCAUGGAUACAGGGCUGCACUAUCCACAGAAAGCAGGAAUUUUACACUGA